UGACUUUUCAUUACGAGCAGUUUUGAAAGUUCGAAGAGCAUGUUGAGACGGAGUUGAAUAACCGAUAUAUUUGGUACAUAUACGCAACGCUGUCUCCAACUUACCUGAAAAUCUUAGCGAACAGUGAAAUAACAAGAGCGAAAAAGCAAGAUACUAUAAAAGAGCGAAGGAGAACCUACUCAGCAUCUUAUUCAGCGUCUUGCUGGAUUCAGAUAUCAAUAUCUUACGUCUCUCGCCCCCAAUCGAGUAGCUCAGUCGAUAUCACAGCAUCAUCAACCUAACUCAAUCCAUCUAUAACGACACCUCACGUUUCACCAACAAACUCCCGGAAACCUACCAGGAUGACUUCUAAGCCAGAAAUCGGUUUCUGCGGCCUAGGAGCCAUGGGUUUCGGUAUGGCCACCCACCUCGUCAAGCAAGGCUACUCUGUAACCGGCUUCGACGUCUACCAACCGUCACUCGACAGGUUCAAAGCAGCAGGCGGCAUCCCUUCGACUUCUCUCUCUGACUCGGCAAAAGACAAGUCCUUCUACAUCGUCAUGGUCGCGUCAGCACAACAAGCACAGCCCGCCCUAUUCGACCAAGACGGCAUUGUGAACGCGCUACCAAAGCAUGCGACGCUCCUGUUGUGUUCAACAGUGCCGAGUGCGUAUGCGCAGAGUGUGGAGAAAGAGUUGGUUGAUAUCGGGAGGAGUGAUGUCUUCUUCAUCGAUGCGCCUGUUUCUGGGGGCGCGGGUCGAGCAGCAGAUGGCACGUUGAGCAUCAUGGCAGGGGCUUCAGAGGCUGCUCUUGAGAAGGGCAAGUGGCUGUUGGAUGAGCUAUCUGCACCGUCGAAGCUGUUCAUUGUGAAUGGCGGCAUUGGUGCGGGGAGCAAUAUGAAGAUGGUACAUCAAGUUCUCGCGGCGAUACAUAUCCUGGCGUUGAACGAGGCGUACGGAUUUGCUGCAAGGUUGGGUCUGAACGGCAAGGAUGUGUUUGACGCUGUUGUGGGAAGUACGGGAUGGAGUUGGAUGUUCGAGAAUCGAAGUCAGAGAACGCUGAAGGAGGAUUACUUCCCUGGAGCGAGUGCUGUAACCAUUAUUCUGAAAGACACGGGUAUCAUCACUUCCAUGUCCCGAAGCGUAGGUUUCCCGGCAACGCUCUGUUCUAUAGCGGAGCAAGUAUACUUCUCUGCACUAGAUCGAGGUUGGGGCGCCAACGACGAUGCCGGACUGGUCCGCCUAUGGACCUUAGAGCCCGUGGCGAGCAUUCAAAGCAUGCUAUCCGCCGAAGAAAAAAAGACCAGACUCCAACUGGUAGUCGAUCUACUGACAGGUAUCCACCUCGUUUCAGCAGCCGAGUCCAUCUCUUUAGCAAAGCAUGUUGACAUUCCCUUGCCCCAGCUAUAUGAGCUGGCAUGUGAUGCCGCGGGAGGAAGUACCAUGUUCAAGAACGCUGGCGAGAAGUUGAUCGAGAUCCUGGAUGGGAAGGCAGAUGGUAGUGGUAAGGUUCUUGGGGGCUACACUGAGAAAUUGAGAAUAGCUGUGAACGAGGCGCAGUCGAUCAAGUGCCCGGUAUACCUGGGUACCGGAGCGUUGAAUUUGCUCCUGCAAACGGGCACAACUCUGAGUCUGGCCUCGUUGCUGAAAUGUUAUGGCGCACAGUAAAGAAGAGAAUUUACAGAGCUAGUUGCGAAGUCGCCAAAGUAGAGAAGAAUGCAAAAGUCCAAAUG